AUGCCAGCUCAACCGCUUAUUUUGUCGUCGAGACGAACGAUUUUGAUUGCCAUUUUGGCCCGUUACGAAGAGUUUCUUCAAAACUACCAGCCCGAUAGGGAUUCUAUCGAGGUGGAAACUCGUAUGGCCAAAUUUGACCAAAUAUGCAAGGAUUUGGAGAGCCUUCAACAGCAGCUGGAGGACAGUGCAACCACUACUGAAGAGAUGACACACAAUGCCGCCCUUAGGGAGGAUUUUGAACGGCGCUUGAUUCGCGUUCAAUCGGCAUUGAAAGCGAAAUAUAGAGAAAUUCCGCGCAGCGAAGUGUCGCAGCAAGGAGCCGACAAGGUGAUCGCUGAUCUGCCGGCGCAUGAUGUUUCCACUCGCGGCUGGAACAUUCCUUCGGAAUUUGUUUUGGCUGACCCGCAGUUCGAUAAAUCAGCCCCGAUUGAUCUCAUCCUUGGUGCCCGUCAUUACGCUUCCUUCUUUACGAACGUAAAAUCGCACGAGCUUGCUCCGAACCUUCCAACUAUGCUGAACAGCGUGUUUGGGUGGGUCAUGAUUGGUCCCACCUCUCCUCAGAAUCCUGCAUCUCCGACCGAUUGCACCGCCGCGUCCACAAUCUUCUGCAUGGCAUCCCUGGAGGAGUCUCUCGAACGCUUUUGGAAGCUGGAAGAGUUAAGCGUCAAUGAUUCGUACUCACCUGAUGAGCGGCGAUGCGAAACAUUGUACAAAGAAACCACUCAGCGCGACGAGUCAGGUCGCUAUAUUGUACGAUUGCCCAAACAGACCGACUUCACGGAAAAGCUUGGCCUGUCUAAAACUACCGCUUUGAGACGCUUCGAGCUGCUGGAGAGGAGGCUAGAACGCAAUCCACAGCUCAAGGAAGACUAUCAUGCCUUCAUGAAGGAGUAUUUAGAGCUGGGGCACAUGUCGCUCAUGAACAAAGAUAGUGGGGAUGAACGGGCGUACUACCUACCGCACCAUCCCGUAUUUAAAGCCUCCAGUACCACCACGAAAGUAAGGGUCGUGUUCGACGGAUCUGUAAAAACAAGCACCGGUUACUCCUUGAAUGACAUUCUAUGUGUUGGUCCAAUCGUGCAGGACGAGCUGCUUGAUAUCGUGUUGCGAUUCCGCACCUACCAAAUAGCACUUGUGGGAGAUAUAGCUAAAAUGUACCGACAAAUAUUGCUGCAUUCUGAUGAUCGUCGAUUGGUGCGCAUAUUCUUUCGAUUUUCGCCGCAAGCUCCGAUCCAAGUAUAUGAGCUCAACACCGUUACAUACGGACUAGCACCUUCCUCGUUUCUGGCUACACGCACACUUAUCCAACUAGCAGAUGAUGAAGGGACUGAGUAUGCGCUUGCACCUGCAGCCCGGAAACGAAACUUUUACGUCGACGACUUCAUUGGUGGUGCCAAUAACGUUCGCGAAGCUGUUCAGCUGCGUAAGGAGUUAUCAGCGCUACUUGCCAAAGGUGGAUUUGAGUUGCGCAAGUGGACAUCAAACAAUCUGAGCGUGCUCUCCGGCUUAAGCAUCGAGUAUAUCGGCACACACUCAUCGCUGCAUUUUAUACCCAACGAGACGGUCAAAGCACUCGGCAUCUCGUGGAAGCCUGAAUCGGAUGAGCUGUGUUUUGAAUCCAACACUGAGGCUGAUGAAGCCACGUCGACUAAGCGAUCUAUUUUGUCGAGCAUUGCCAAAAUGUACGAUCCGCUCGGAUUGAUAGCACCGGUGAUCGUGUGUGGUAAGAUGCUGAUGCAGGAGCUAUGGCUACUCAAAUCCGGCUGGGAUGAACCUGUUCCUAAUCACAUCUGUAAAAAAUGGAAGGCGAUUCAGAGCGACUGGAAAACGUUAUCCGAGUACAGGACUAACCGUUACGCUCUCUUACCAGAUGCAAAAGUAGAAUUUCACACAUUUACCGAUGCUUCGGAGGCCGCCUACGGAGCAUGUGUAUACGCUCGUUGUGAAAACGUGGCGGGAGAAGUCCGCAUCAGCCUAUUAGCUUCAAAAUCUCGAGUGGCACCACUGAAGCGCGUCACGUUGCCGAGGCUUGAACUAAGCGCAGCUGUCCUGGGCGCCCAUCUGCAUCAUCGCGUCAAGGAGCCAAUGCAGAUCGUGUGCGCCGAAUCGUUUUUCUGGUCCGACUCAACAGUGACGCUAAAAUGA